UCCUGCUCGGUAUAUCGAUCUAUGGCGCUGCCAUGAGCGAUGGAGCAUAUAUAUGGAUAAGGUGGUGAGCUCCCAGUGCGUCGAUAAUGGCGGCCGGAACUAGCGGGGAGCAGCAGCAGCAUCUGCAUGCACGGUACGAGGUGGAGGAAAUCCGCAUCGGCGAGGGCGCCUACGCCAACGUGUACCCGGCCAGGCACCGCCUCACCGGCCGCCAUGUCGCCGUGAAGAUAUUCCACGCCCCAACUCAUGCGGAAGAAGGAGGAGAAGAAGGGGCGGAGAGGGAGAUCCGGAUCAUGAGGCAGCUGCGGCACCACCCCCAUGUCAUCCGCUUCUACGAGGCCACCGUGAUCGCCUCCCCCGACGUCGGCGACAGCAAGCAGAGGAAGAAAAAGGACAAGACCAAGAAGCAGCAGCCGCAGCAGGUAUGCAUCGUGAUGGAGCUGGCCGAAUCGGGUGAGCUCUACAACCACGUCCUCGCCAGCGAUCGCGGGCUGGAGGAGGGGGAGGCGCGGCGCGUGUUCCGGCAGCUGGUCUCCGGCGUGGCAUACUGCCACCGGAACAUGGUGGUGCACCACGACCUCAAGCUCGAGAACGUCUUGCUGGACGCCGGGAAGAACGUCAAGCUGGCGGAUUUCGGGUUCAGCAACUUCUUCGGCCCCGUCCAGAUCCCCGGGGCGGCCUGCGGGAGCCUGCUCUACGCCGCCCCGGAGGUGACCGCCGAGCGAACGGAAGAUGAAGCAACGAGAUAUCUUGGUCCGGAGGUGGACAUGUGGAGCUGCGGUGUCAUCCUCUUUGCCAUGCUCUGUGGCUACCUCCCCUUCGAUGGCCCCGAUGACGAUGAACCCGCUAUAAAGAGGAGAAUCGCCAGUGGGAAGGUGAAGAUCCCAAGCAGGAUUUCGGACGAUCCUAGGGCACUCAUCUUAGGCAUGCUUCAAGUGAGCCCCCACAGGCGGUUGACCGUCGCCGAGGUGUGCCACCAUCCAUGGCUCCAACACUCUAUCCCUCGCUACCUCGCCAUGCCGGCUCCUCUCCAUGACGCCAACACCCAAAUCCUCAGGGUUUGUGAUCGCACCGUUGAGGAUAUAGUCAAGAUGAUGGUUGGGUUGGACAAACAUAACCUGGUUGAGUUGCUGCAUAAUGGAGUCGAAAACCAAGCGACAGUUGCAUACUAUCUCAUGUUGGACAAGCGGUAUGAUGCUCCUACUCGUUACAUGUGGUUAAUGCGCGACUAG